AUGGUGGAUGCACCUACAUGUACACAUGUUAGUCACACCACUUAGGGGAUCUAUUUAUGCUGUUAUUAAAACAAACUUUCAUGAAUGACUUUCAAUUGUGAUAUGACUUCCUGAUUUAAUAUCUAACAAUCAACAUGGCUGAUGAGGGAACAAUUGAAAAAGAACCAGACCAAGAUGUCCUGCAUGCUGCAGAAGAGAUGGAUGAGAAUUCAGAGGUUGAUCCAUACAUUGUUGCUGUAGAUAUCGGAACAACCACACUACGUAGUCACAUAUACACCCGAAAUGGCAGCAUUAAGGCAUCAAGCUCAAAAAGGAUUGAUCUUCUACGACCGAAACCAGGAUGGGUAGAAAUGGACCCGGAACAUCUCUUUCAGCAGUUCCUGGACUGUGUAUCUGAGUCUAUCAAAGCUGCAGGUAUAAGGCCACAGGAGGUGACAUGUCUGGGAAUUUCAACACAGCGAAACACCUGCCUUACUUGGGACAGAGAGACAGAGAAGCCUUACCACAACUUUAUAACCUGGCAGGACAUGCGGGCCCGGGACUAUGUCAAGUCCUGGAAUGAUUCUGUAACGCUCAAAGCACUCAACAGCGGCUCAAAAAUACUCCAUACAUUCACCCGUAAAAAACGAUUCCUAUCGGCUAGUGUGCUGAAAUUUAUGUCACCUCAAGUCACACUUCGAUUACUAUGGUGCUUAGAUAACAUUCCAGAGCUUCGUAAGCGUGCCAGUGCGGGUCAGGUGAUGUUUGGUUGUAUCGAGACCUGGAUCCUGUGGAGACUCACAAAGGGCAAGGUUCACGCCACAGACUAUUCUUGUGCCAGCGGGACCGGGCUCUAUGACCCCUUCCAGGUAGAAUGGAGCACCAUCGUGUGUGGUCUUGUGAACAUUCCCAUGAACAUAUUUCCAGAGGUGCUGCCUACCAGUGGUUUGUUUGGUCACAUGGAUGAGUCAUUCCUGGGCAGUGAAAUACCCAUCACUUGUGUUGUUGGUGACCAGAGUGCGUCUAUGUUUGGUGAGUGUUGUUUCGAGGUCGGGGAUAUCAAGUGCACGCUGGGAACCGGCAUGUUUAUGGAUGUCAACACCGGUUCCCAGCCACACGCUUCCGUUGCAGGUCUAUACCCUCUGAUAGGCUGGAAGAUUGGUGACAAGCUCACAUAUCUGGCUGAGGGUCUGGCUUCCGACACGGGCACCGUCAUUCAAUGGGCACAGUCCAUGGGUUAUUUUGACGAUGUCAGGGACACAGCAGCCAUGGCAGAGUCUGUGGAAGAUACUGGUGGGGUAUAUUUUGUUCCUGCAUUCAGUGGCUUACAGGCCCCUAUAAAUGAUGACAAAGCUUGUACAACCAUGCUUGGUAUGACUCCAAACACAACGAAGGCCCACAUAGUGCGGGCUAUCCUGGAGUCCAUAUGCUUCAGGUUUAAACUUUUGUACGAGACCGUGCUUACAGAGAUGAAAAUACCACUAAAUGUUGUCAGAGUAAAUGGGGGAGUGUGUAACAACGACUUUGUGGUGCAGUUAAUGGCCGACCUCACCAACCACGUGAUAAACCGUUCCCGCCAGACAGAAUACAUGACCAGUCUAGGAACAGCUUUCUUUGCUGGGCUGGCCACAGGAGUAUGGAAGAACCAGGAUGAGCUAGUGAAGAUAAGGAAGACGGACCGCGAGUUCUCCCCGCGUGAAAACUGGGCUACAUACAAGAAUGUGUUUCACCAAUGGGAGCGGGCAGUGUCACGGUCGCGGCAGUGGUACCUUACCCCGUGACAGUGAACACACUAAAACUGGGGAACCUGUGCAAGCCAGUCUUAAUUCCUCCUUUUUUAUUUUAAGCUUUCCUUUCAUAAAUCUGGGGACAAUUUUGAAUCAUAACAAUAUAGGUUUAUUUUAGUGUUAGAUUGCAAUAUAUUUCUCGGGGUUAGCACCAAAAGCUUUAUUUAACGAGUGGCCCUGAGCAAAAUAUUAAAUUUUGGUGUUUUAAGGUGGAAGAUAUUGCAGUCUGCCACUGAAACAAACAAUUUUUCCUUUUUAUUAUAUGCCUUAAAAGGGUAUAAAAUGACAUACAGUGAACUGUAGCUUUGCCAAAAAGCGUGCAAAACUGUAUGCAAGGGUAAAGGUAAUAUCAUUCCAGAAAUGACAUCACAUUGUGACUUGGCCUUUAAUAAAUGACUUUAUCUAACUAUGCAUACUAUAUAGGUGCUAGCUCUGUUCAUGUUUACAGUUUAUAAUGCUCAAAAUUUUAUGGCCAGCUGAGCAUGUAUAUUGCAUAAGCUAUCGUGUGCAUUUCACAUUCCUUGAUAAUUUUUAUACUGGAUGGAGAUAUUGAAAGGUUGUUGGACUUGCAUGAAACUUGUUCACAUAGUAUAUUAUAUUUAUUUGAAUUAUUUUGUUAAUUUAUUAAUAUUAAAGAUAUUUUACAAUAAAAUUUUAAA